GGCGGAGCAUCAUAAGUCAACUUGUGAAUCUAUGAGGCUUCGUCAGCUGUCGAGUGUCACUGUUCCAUCUCAACAUAACAUCUCGUUCAAAUAGCUUCAAAUAGCAAUUGUGCGUCACGUUAUUGAGCACGACUGUCAGCAUUCGUUGUAUUACUCUUCUAUCCUUGCGCUCUCGAUUCGUCCGCUUAUGUCACGAUGCCUUGUCGUCGGCCACAUCGUAAAAGCCGUUUAGGUUGCAGAACUUGCAAAUUGAAGAGGACCAAAUGUGACGAAAUCCAUCCUGUCUGUGGUGGCUGCAAGAAGUAUGGCUUGCAAUGCGACUUCAGCAUACCGACAAAUAAUAAAAGCCCUGGAUCUUUGCCUCAGUCGUUGUCGCCAGUUAGAAUUCCUUCGUUGGAGAGAACUGCCUCUCAUGAUACGAGUUUAAACUCAAGAGGAUGGUCUCAAAGUCAUGAUCUAGGCGGGUCGAAUCCAUCUUCAACUCCAGCCUCUGAAAAUACACGCGAAGCUGGAGAUUCAAAACCAAGCAAUCUUUGGGCGAUGACUAUGAACACCCCCCAAGAUCGGUUACUCGAGCUUCGGCUCAUGCAUCACUUCACAACUAUGAUUUCCAGCACGAUAUUCCGCCUGAUCGGAAACGACAAUCAUCCACAAGCCAUGAAAAAAGACUUCUUCGCAAGAUGGAUCACAGGUCUCGCUAUGUCUAAUCCGGAUUUGAUGGAUGCGCUACUUGGAUUCUCAGCCUUCAACCUAAGGAAGCUACAAGGCGGAACUGAUAGACAGCUCUCUAUUGCUUCGCACGAUUACAUGACAUCAGCAAUCAAGGCUCAUUCCCAGCAACUCCAAAAGGGUAUCAACGAUGAGAAUGCUGAUAUAUUGUUUGCUGGGAGCUCGCUGAUUGCCUUUGUUGCUGUUAGCAGUCAUGAAUAUCUGUUUCCCGGAGAGUAUGCAUCACUUCCCAUGCACUGGUUCCGACCAUGGCUGGGGGUACGAUCUAUUGUCAGGUCAUCAUUGGAUCUCAUACGUUCGGAAGAAAUUCUAAUGCUCCUUGAAGCUGAACGCCAAGCUUUCCUCGACGAUUUCUCUACAGCUUUGGAAAACUCGAAGCGAUAUGAUUUUCUUCUUGAAGGCCUGGACAAAAGUUCUCUGGACCAAGAAACAUUGGAAGCGUACGUGCAGAGUAUCUACUGGCUAUCGCUGAUCGAGGACAAUCCGAAUAAAGAGUAUUGUUUUAAGUUCACGGCCAAGGUUCCUCCGAGAUUUGUUGAGAUGUUGUUAGACCACGAUCCCAGGACUUUGACCAUAGUGGGCUAUUUUUUCAUGAUUGUACAGCAAAGCCAGCAGGUGUGGUGGCUACCUCGAACCACAGGCAGGGAAUUCAGAGCUCUGAUGAGACUUCUACCAGAGGAAUGGAAGCCGAGAAUGGCCCGGGCUGUCGAAGUGUUCGAAGGUUGCGAUGCGUGAAAGUCCCAGAUCUGGGCUUACUGUGAACUACAGCAGACCAUGACGGGUUGGCCUUUCCCGUUCGACAUUCUGGAUGCCAACACGGAAGGCCGAGGGUCAGAUCGUUGCGUUAAAUAAGCUGGGACAUAGCAGAAG